AUGGCUUUGUCUUUCGUUCGUCAAGCGUCACUCGUUGCGCUUCUCGCAACCUCGACUCUAGCUCAAACUUUCACCGACUGCGACCCUACCAAAAAAACAUGUCCCGCCAACGCCGGCUUGACCAAGAGCAACUAUGAGGUCGACUUCACCAAGGGCGCCGACAAUGAUGCCUGGUCCGUCACGGCCGGCAACAUCUCCUACACCUCCGAGGGCGCCGAGUUUACCCUCAACAAGAAGGGCGACGCCCCGACCAUCGAGACGUCGUGGUACUUCUUCUUCGGCCGCGCCGAGGUCGUCAUGAAGGCCGCCCCCGGCACCGGCAUCGUCAGCAGCGUCGUCAUCGAGUCCGACGACCUCGACGAGGUCGACUGGGAGUGGCUCGGCGGCAAGGACGCCGAGGUCCAGACCAACUACUUCGGCAAGGGCAACACCACGAGCUACGACCGCGGCGCCUUCCACACCAUCGCCGCCACCCAGACCGAGUUCCACAACUACACCAUCGACUGGACCACCGAGGCCGUCACCUGGUACAUUAACGGCGCCCUCGUCCGCACCCUCAACUACGCCGACGCCCUCGGCGGCAAGAACUUCCCCCAGACCCCGGCCCGCCUGCGCCUCGGCAUCUGGGCCGGCGGCGACCCGGACAACAACGCGGGCACCAUCACCUGGGCCGGCGGCGAGACCGACUACACGAAGGCGCCCUACACCAUGACGGUCCAGAAGGUCGCCAUCACCAACGCGAACCCGGCCAAGUCCUACACCUACGGCGACAUGACGGGCGACUGGACGAGCAUCAAGAUCGAGGCCCCCGGCGCCGCCACCGACGACGGCACCAACUCGGGCCAGAACGACACUUCCUCCGCAGGUAACACCUCUUCCUCUUCUUCUUCUCCCUCCACCGCCACCGAGACGCCGUCCUCUGGGUCCCCCUCGCCCUCGGGCUCCCCGCUGAGUAACUCGACCGCGACAGGAUCCACGCUCCGCCCGACGGUCUCUGCCACGGCCACCCAGUCCGGCUCGGCCGCCAGCGCGACCGCCUCGACCGCCGCCGCUGCCGGUGGCAAGUUGCUGAGCGGCUCGACCGUCGGCACUGGCCUCUUUGGAGUUGCUCUCGUUGCGAUGGCUGGUCUGUUUUAA